CUGGCACCAGUGACACCACAUUUGUCAACUUGACUGCCUGUAAUUUUUCCAUCCGUUAAAAGUUGCCAUUUGUUAAAAUAUGAAACCAUCACUACUCACCAUUUAUAAAAAUGCUGUUAUUAGUAGUUCUAAUCGUCAAAUUUGACUUCCAUAAAAAAUAUUACUAUUAGCGGUCAAAUUGAAAUGUUUUUUUUAUGAUGAACCACCUAUAAAAUAAGUAUGAUUAAUUUAUUCGAUGCUUUUAGCAGUUAAAGUUUUCAACAGAAGUAGUUCAACAUGUCGGUAGUUCAUUCGGUUCUCGAUUUGUGUUAAAACCUGUUACCUAAGCCAGCUUAAUCCAUGUUGUGCAUGUAUUAAUGUUGAGAAGUCGAUUACUUGAGUUUUGAAAUGAGUUCCUCUUGUUUUAUUCCAAGCUGCAAAAAUUCAGGCGUCAUACCUUGUCCAAAAGAUAGCCCUUGGAUUGAAAGGGUCUUGGAACUAUUAAAAGUACCUAUUGCUAAUUCGUCUAGUUAUAUAUGCGUGAAGCACUUCAAUGAUGUGAAAAGGCAUCAGGAAGACACAGGUUCUUGCAAGCUUAAGGUCCCAAGGAUUAAGAGUGAUUCACAGAGCAGUACUAAACCAGUUUCGAGGGCAACUAAGGUAGUGUCACAUUCUUCCACAGAACUAAAUCAUCCAGAAUGUUGUACAAAUGAAAUUUACUUAGCCAAUGAUGAUAGAAAAAUAGGUUUUGUAAAUGUUGCAAUCAAUCAGCCUAAUGUAGAACUAGUAGAUGAAUAUCAGGUAUCGAGGCCUUCACAGGAUUCAGAAAACAAUAGAGUAGAUCAUGAAAGUUCUACAAUUAUUCUACAGUCAACUGAAAUAAAAGAAAAUGUAAUUGAAAAUUUAUCUGGCUAUGAUGAUAUUAAGGAAGACAUUUUGUUGGAAGAACGAUGUAUAACCGAUUUCAUUUAUGGAAAUGAACUUGACAGAACAUAUUAUCAAAAAAUACCUGAACUAGGACAGUCUUCAGAUCAAGAUUCGGAUCAUCAUGAAGGUCACAUAUCAUAUGAAUGUGAUAGUCUAUUAGCAACAGGAAGUCAAGAAAACUUUAUACAGACUGAAGAUGUGAUGAUCAUCAAUGAACAGGGCAAGAUAAUUGGUACCUCCGUGGACAACACAUCAUUUGAUCCAGAAAUUCUCAGUGACACUAAGACAGAUAUUGACGGUACUGAAGAACUAGAAGGAUGCCAUGUUACUAACGAAUCACAAAGUGAAUUGGAGCAUUGUCGACUUUGUAUGAAGCAACAAGCAGAUACUAAGGAUAUAUUCAAUGAUUAUGUUGAAAAUGAUGUUCCUAUAUAUUCAGCAGUUCAAGAUUGUUUUUUUCCAAUACAGAUAUCGAAAACUGAUAAAUUAUCUCAAAAAAUAUGUCUUCAUUGUUGGGUGCAACUAAAAUCUUAUUUUCAAUUCAGAAAAACUAUCUUACAAAAUGACAAAGCACAAAGAGAAAUAUCCAAUCAAACCGCCAACAAUCAUAAACGGAAAAUUGACAAGGCUUCACCAUUACCGAAAAAAAUAAAAAUAGGCAAUACUUACCUGACAAAAUUGUCUCAAAAGAAAGACUUACAACCUGCAAAUAGUAAAGAAAAGGGUAAGUGUAUAACUGAGGACAAAGGUGCCCAAGAAAAUGAGUCUGUUGAGGACAAACUGCGGCAGGUUUUGCUUAGUACACUGUCUAAAGAACAAGCAAGUGCUGAAAACAUAAUAAUACAUGUACAAGAUGAGAAUGAGUUCCACAAUACAAAAACAAUUUUAGCUGACGUUGAAGAGCAAAUUGAUACUUCUAUCUCUGUUUGUGAAAAAACAAUCAUUGCAGCUGAUGGGUCCAUCAAAAAAGUGACUUGUCCCUCGGACCAGGACCAUAUAUUGAUUCGAUCGCUGCCCGUUGAACCAAUUACCAUAAUGCGAGAUGUGAGAACGCCCAAAAUUAAAAAGCCAGCCUAUCGUCAAGCCAAACCAAGCUUUGGUAUUUUUGAAGUGGUGCCUAUUGUCUAUCUUUACAAUAUAGAAUUCUGUCUUUUAAAUGGUCAUCUAUUCGAGUAUAGGUUGAGUAGUCUCAACCUCAGGAAUUUGAAGUGCAUCUUGCCAACCUGUCGCGCCAAAGCUUUACAGAAAAAAAUGGUCACUGGUGUAUAUGAAGAUAAAGCCAAACUUAUAGUACCACACAACCAUGGUAGGGGUGAUGAUGCUGAAAAAAAGAAACAGAUGUUCCUUUAUAUUGUGACACGCAAACUGCAAUGUGAUAAAGAUACAAAUUUUAAAAGUAUAUAUGAAGAAAUAUGUGAAAUAGAUCCAGCCAUAAGAGACAUAAUAUCUUUGAGAAGUGUUAUUUUUGAAGUAUGUCGCAACUAUACGACAUACGAGCCUCCAACGUUUGAACAACUGUACAAGGAUAUACAAACGGACAUCAUGUACAAACUACAAUUCACCCUCAAUGGCAAGCAAUUCUACCAAAACUGGUUCUCGUCAGGCGAUUCAAAAGCGAUGCUGUUCGCUAAUCCUGAUAUUGUGGAGGAAUUGUCUUCUAGUCAGCUGCUGUACGUUGACGCGUCGUUCAAGAUUGACACGUCCAACCAGGUUAAGUUCCAGUUGGUAACUGUUUUGAUGUGGAUAAGUGAUAGUUACUAUCCGGCGAUGUUCAUACUCAUCAACAAGAAAACCAGAGGUAUCUACGAAAAAAUCUUCCAGUACAUCCAUGACAUUCUAGCACCAAAACUACGCCCAGCGGAAAUAGUUACCGAUUUCGAAGCAAACUUGUAUCACGUACUAAGUAAAGUUUACGAAAAAGCAAGCGUCGGGGGCUCUGUCUUUUACUACACGCAGAACCUGUACAAGAAAGUGUGCGUUCUCAAUCUGUGCAAAAAUCUCGAGACGAACUCGUACUUGAGGCAUUUUUACCACAUGUUGUUAAUGUUGCCUUUGCUACCUGUGGUUACGAUUAGUGAUGUUUGGAACACUCUGCUGAGUCAGGCUAAAGAUUCAGAGAUGUAUCAGUUGAUGAAACCACUAUUUGAUCAUGUCAAAGCUGAAUGGAUGGAGAAGGUGACGCCUGAUUUGUUCGGUUGUCAUAGACUGGAAAAUCGUAUCAACGAAAAUGUGUUGGCACCGUUCAAGAAGCUGAGAGAUCUUUUAGUCGUUCCCAGAAGGAACUGCAAAAUAUCUAGUUCGUCGACGUCUUUGGUUCAAGUUGUAGAGAGGUUGAUCGAACUGGAAAAUUUCUUACAGAUGGUAUAUACAGAUCAAACUAAAAAAUAUCAUCCAAAAGAUCUAAGUAGUACUCAAAAGAAAAAUGUUUUGAGGGCUUGGCAGUACAUUGAAACUCAUCCAAAAAUUAAUAUCAACACGUUCUUCUCAAAAGUCCUCGGAUACAUCAAAUGUAUGGAAAAUCAACUGUGGAUUUGGGGUUUAUACAGUCAAUCUACACUUGACACUGUUUUCUCAGGUACACAGGCGAUUUUGACGAUGAUUUAGUCAGCGCGACAGAUUUCAAGAUUGUGGUUGAGGAACCAAACAUUAUCUCAGAAGAAGCGAGCACUGAGGAGACUGUAGUGACAGUACAUUGUCAAGGGACUGAAGAACAUUCUGUGAUGGUUGUGGAUCCUCCAGAUGGCCAGGUUGCUGAGGGAAUUAUGAUUGAAGAUGGUAGUUUCUUACUACAGGAUACAGAAGUCAGCUGCGAAUCAGUUCAGCAAACUAUACUCAGCUAUAGUAGUGAUGCUUAGUAUAUUUUUUAAUAAAGUGUUAAAGUAAA